CUUUUUUUCAGUUCAGUUCCACCUUUCUUUCUACUUUGGAACUUUUUUAAAAAGCUUUUUCUUCUUUACUCUUUUUCUUUAUAUUAUUAUUACUAUUAUUAUCAUUAUUACUUUAUUAUAUUUUACGAACUAACGAAUUUUUAUAACAUCAUAUUAUUACUCAAAUGAGUGGAAGUAAUAUCAAGGUCGUUGUACGUUGUAGACCUUUAAAUUCUCGAGAAAAGGCUAGAGGAGCACCAUGUCUUAUUCGAAUGGAAGGAAAUAAAACCAUCAUCACAAAGCCAGCAACCCAGGGACCAAAACCAACUCCGGAAGAUGUAAAAGCUUUCACAUUUGAUCAAUCCUAUUGGUCUGCAGAUAAAAACGACCCAGAUUAUGCAGAUCAAGAACGUGUCUAUAAUGAUCUUGGUAAAGAGCUUUUGGAUCAUGCAUUUGAUGGAUAUAAUUGCUGUAUUUUUGCAUAUGGUCAAACAGGCGCAGGCAAAUCAUAUUCAAUGAUGGGUUAUGGUGAGGACAAAGGUAUUAUCCCAAGAACUUGCUGUGAAUUAUUCGAACGUAUCAACCAAAAGUCAACCAACAAUCUUCAGUACCAAGUGGAAGUAUCUUAUAUCGAAAUUUACAAUGAGAAAGUAAGAGAUUUACUCAAUCCUCGCAACAAGGGAAAUCUUAAAGUAAGAGAGCAUCCUGUUUUGGGUCCCUACGUACAAGAUCUUUCUCGUCUGGCUGUCAACUCAUAUGAAAACAUUGAUCAACUGAUGGAUGAAGGAAAUAAGGCUAGAACAGUCGCAGCAACCAACAUGAACGAAACAUCAUCUCGUUCCCAUGCAGUGUUCACCAUUUUUGUCACUCAACGUUUACAUGAUCCACAAACAAAGCAGACAAGUGAAAAGGUGGCUCGUAUCAGCCUCGUCGAUUUGGCUGGUAGUGAAAGAGCAAACAGUACAGGAGCAACAGGUGUCCGUUUGAAGGAAGGUGCCAACAUCAAUAAAUCAUUAACAACACUUGGUAAAGUCAUCGCUGGACUUGCAGAACAAGCAUCGGCUGAUCCCAAGAAGGGUUCCAAGAAAAAGGAUGCUUCAUUUAUACCCUUUCGUGAUUCUGUACUCACUUGGUUACUCAAAGACUCUUUGGGUGGUAACUCAAAGACAUGUAUGAUCGCAGCUAUUUCACCAGCAGAUUAUGAUGAAACGCUCAGUACCUUGAGAUACGCUGAUCAAGCCAAAAAGAUCAAGACAAAGGCCGUGGUGAAUGAAGAUCCAAAUGCCAAGGUUAUGCGUGAACUCAAGGAUGAAGUGGAAGCUCUUCGUCAAGCUCUGAUGGUAUAUGCUCCUGCUGAAGUUGAAAAGAUCACAGCCACAGCAAAAGGAAAGAAGGCACCAGCCAAAUCAUCUACACCUCCUACAGCCGCAGCACAUCCUACAGGCUCAAAGUCAACUGUGGUCUUCACAGAUGCUUCUGGACAUACAACUCAGCUCACAAAAGAGGAAAUGGUCGAGCAGCUGCAAACAACGGAAAAAUUACUCGGCGACCUGAACCAGACAUGGGAAGAAAAAAUAAAAAACACCGAAAAAAUUCAUCAGGAAAGAGAAAGUGCAUUAAAGAGCUUAGGUAUCACUAUCGAAAAGAAUCAAGUGGGCCUUUAUACACCCAAGGAAACUCCUUACUUGAUCAACCUGAACGAAGAUCCUCUCAUGUCAGAAUGCCUAAUGUACAAUAUCAAACCAGGUAUCACUCAUGUUGAUCGUUUCACAGACGAAGGCGAGGCCUCGGUCAGCCACCCUGAAGGUGAAUGCGUCAUUCGCCUAAGUGGAUCUAAUAUUCAGGACAAUCACUGUUACUUUGAAAAUACAAAUGACACAGUCACUCUCUAUCCUCGUGAGGGCUGCACAACCAUGGUCAAUGGAUUACGUAUCUCAGAACCCAAGAAACUCAAGAGUGGUUACCGCAUCAUUUUGGGAGACUAUCACGUGUUCAGAUUCAAUAACCCCAGCCAAGCGUUAAAGGAACGGGAAAGCAUUAUCUCUACAGAUAGUGCCGCUGCUCGUAUUGAGGCUAGUGGACCUCCCUCACCUGUCCCAUCCUCAGAGGAGCGCGAGAUGGCCAUGUCUCCUCCCUUGGCCUCUGAAGUAAUGGAUUGGAACUUUGCAAGACGAGAGGCAAUGCUUAACACCUACAUCAAUGAUCCCAACUUCAACAACUUUACUGAUGAGGAUUUGGACAAGCUAUUCGACGAAGUGGCCAAGGUGCGUGUGAUGCGUAAACGACAAUCGACUGGCUCAGAUUCUCUCUCUCGCCGUACCUCAUCCUCUUCUGUACGUCGAAGCGUUUACUCAGCUACCGCCUCUUCUGUGUUCAUGGACGACGAUGGAUACUAUACCACUGACACAAGUACGACUAUUUCCUCGCUAACAGAGGAUGAGCUCAUGCACAUGGAUGAUAAACAAGUGAUGGAAUAUGAACGUCACCGCAGAAAAUACGAAGCCAAGUUACGCCGACUCUCUCGACGCUUCUCCUCAGCCCCUCCUAUUCUGCUCUCACCUGCCGAAGCAGCCAUUGGCAGAAAAGUAAUUGCCCACUGGAAGAGAAAGCGAAAUAUAGCCAUGGCUCAAACCAUCUUGAGAAACGACAUAUACGUACAGCAAGCCAACCAGUUAGCAAAGCAGUCCGGCAAGGACGUCUUUUACCAGUUUGCUGUUAUCUAUCAUGACGAUAUCAUAUCCGCUUCUCACUGGGAAGCAGCUAACUCUUCUCACCAUCGGUAUGGCAUAGACACUGACCUGCUGAGGGAAAGGAAGCCCUGUGUGGGCAUUCAGGUGAUUGACUACAAGCAUCAAUCCACUUAUAUUUGGUCGAUCGAAAAGUUUGUCACUCGCCUUCGACACCUUCAAGGUUUGAACUUUGUCACGGACAACAAGAAGCAUCUGAAGGGUGAUGACCUCUUCUACAACUCGAAUGUUCCCUCCUACGUCCUUGUCGGUUUAGCCAAGGUGCCACUUCAAAACUUGGCUACACAAGUACCUGUCGAGAGUCACAUCUCAGUUCAUUGCCGAAACACAGGUCGCUUGAUGGGUAAACUCAAGGUUUUGAUUGCUCCUAUUGCUCGAUCUGUCCGAAACCCUUACCGGUCCGAAGGAAGCGAGGAUGGCCAUUUUAGCUACGACGAAGAGAACCCACGUAACCUGCUACACAUUGGGCAGCAGCUUGUGUUUGAAAUUUCCAUUGUAGAAAUGACCGAACUCGAUCCAAAACUCUUCUCCCGCGUUCAUGCUCAGUUCCGCUUGUCAAACUUUGGAAGCAAUCUCGAAGGUGUCUUUGCCUCUGAUUCUGUAGAGCAUAGCCAAAAAGACAAGCCCAUUGUGUUUAAUUACCAUCAGACGCUUUCUAUGGCCAUCACGGAGGAAAUGUUGAAUGUCAUUCACGACAAGGAAAUCGUCUUUGAAGUCUACGGCAAACCUACACAAGCUUAUCUUGAUUCACUCAUGAUCCCCACAGAACAGCAACAGUCUGCCGAUACCGGCAUCAUUCCUCCCAAGAAGUUACAGAACGUCCUUACACGUAUCCAAAUCUGUGAGAUCACAGCCGAGGGUGACUACAAGCCUGUGCCGAUCGAGACUCAAGAGAAUUAUGGCAACGUCUUUUCGUUACAGCAAGGACAACAGCGUCGUGUGGUCAUUUCAUUAGAAGAUGCAACUGCAGAGUCCGAACUCAACUUUGAGCGUAUUGUCGAGGUCCGUAUGGGUCAAGUACGUCUUGUGGAUGCCAAAGAUCGCAUCAUUGACACACCUGCCACUGCUCAAGCCGAUAUCAACUUGAAGCUGAUAGAUUCUAAACGUAACUCACAGACAAGUGAGACAGAUGACCACAAAUUGAACGCACAGUGCUCCUGGGACAGCUCGCUUCAUGACACACUCCUCCUGAACGCUGUGACACCGAAUACACACAAGGUGCUCUUAACUCUGACCUGGAUUGUCCGCAACCAGAACCAGUGUGAAAUUAAGUUCCAAAAGGAAAUUGCAGUCCAUAUCAAGGAUCAGAGCAAGGCAGCCAGUAUCAAAAAGAAGUCUGCGAGCCACAACCCCAACAAGCGUGCAUCUGUCAUCCUCAACUUCUUUUCGCUCAAGUCUGGUCAUCCCAAGAACCACAUCUCAUGUCUUUAUGUGGUUGAACAUCAAGCUGAGCUGUUUGGUAUCCCCAAUAUCUGCAAGCAAGAUUUACCCUCUCGUGUAUUGGGCGCCUAUGCCGAUCGCAGACAAAAGAUGAUUCAAAGGGAACAAGUCGAAGCAACAAGGUACAAGCUGUACUUGAACGAACAGCUCGAUCAUCUGUGUGAUGAAGUUCCGAAUCCAGUUUUGGCAAACAAGCCCGACUUGGAUCGUGUCUUGAAGAUGUGGAUGAAGAAAGAUUAUGAACCUGCUUUGUCACCAUCCACGCCUAACCCUACCAUUCACCGAUGGACUGCACAUGUCCAUCAGGUUUUGAUGAAUGAACGUACAAUAGCCAAGAAGGGAUUUUUGCAGCGCAAGAAUGAUACUCAAGGCAAAGAGUGGGAAAAGCUUUGGUGUGUGCUUGUAGGAAAUUAUAUGUUUAUGUAUGACGAUCAAUCAGAAACAAAUGAGGUUGAUGUGAUUCGCAUAAGAAAUGUACAUAAGGAAGAUGGAAAUACUAUGAAAUCAAAAACGUUUUUUACAAUUGAUACCCUAUAUACUUCGCAUACACUCCAAGCACAGGAUAAUGCUACUAUGAUAGAAUGGGUGAACACGAUUGAUAAAUUAUCUCGUUUCUAUGGUUAAGGCUCUUUUUUUUAUAUAACAUAUUAGAGAUUAUGCUUAUGUUUGUAUUUUUACAUGUUUUCCCCCCAAUUCUAUAUUUUUCAUAUCAUUUAGAUAUGGAAUUUAUGAACCCCUUUUUAUAUCGAGUGUAUUCUUACUUUUUUUUUUAAAGAAAAGAAAAAACUACAUAUGUUAUUCCCUUUUAAACUUUUAAUAUAUAUCUUUUUUUAAAAAAAACUUAUACCAAAUAUAAUGAUUAAAG